AAAGCCAACUAUCCCGUUUUUUUUCAGGCACUAUUUUGAAGCGCUGGAAGAAGAAUUGGUUUGACCUGUGGUCAGACGGUCACCUCAUCUAUUAUGACGACCAGACCCGGCAGAGUGUUGAAGAUAAGGUCCAUAUGCCAGUGGACUGCAUCAAUAUCCGCGCGGGGCAGGAAUGUCGGGAUAUUCAGCCUCCAGAUGGGAAGUCAAAAGACUGUAUGCUGCAAAUUGUUUGCCGAGAUGGGAAAACGAUCAGUCUUUGUGCAGAAAGCACAGAUGACUGUUUAGCCUGGAAAUUUACACUCCAGGAUUCCAGGACAACAGCGUUCGUGGGCUCUGCAGUCGUGACCGAGGAGACCGCCGUGGUGUCCUCCCCACCUCCGUACUCGGCCUAUGCUGCACCAACCCCUGAGGUAGGCGAAGUAGCCUCUGGGCGAGGGAAGCUUGGAGUGUCUCUGCUGCUGUCCUG